AUGGUUCUUAUUGGGCGAGAGAGAACACUGCCUAUCUCAAAUGCCGUCAUCACGCACAUAUCCGACCUGUCCUUGAAGUCACAACACAGGCAAGAUGGUCGCAUACUGGAGACAGGCAGGCCUAAGCUACAUCCGCUUCUCCGCUAUCUGCGCUAGCGCGGUGCGCGGUGCGCUGAAGCCGCAGUUCAAAACCGAGGCACUGAAGGCCGCAGAAGCCAACGUCAAAGUCCUCAAACCCAAACCAGCAGCAUAGCGAUGUGAGACCAUGAUUUAGUUUUUCCUGGUGUUGUGAGGUCCUAUCACCGUCCUGUCCUGCAGACAAUUAAGAAAGGAAGAAAAAAAAAAAUGGAUGAUAUCAAGAUGACCUGGUGGACUGUGGACCUGGAUGAAAUUGCUGUUUUACCUUUUCAUUUGUAAUUAAAACUGUAUUAAAGAUGAAUAUCAGAAGUACAA